GUCAAAGUGGGCUAAUGCUCCAAUCACGGGUUCUUUUUAACGGAAACAUAACGGGAAAAUUUUCUUCUCUGGGAGAAACAGGAACGUUCUCAAUUUCAACCAAAACGCACACACGCACACACAAAGGCUUAUUUUUCUUCAAUUUCGAUCCUAUGGCUUCCCGUAGACGUAUGCUCUUAAAGGUUAUAAUUCUCGGUGACAGCGGGGUUGGGAAGACCUCGUUGAUGAAUCAGUACGUGAAUCGAAAGUUUAGCAAUCAGUACAAAGCGACGAUAGGAGCUGAUUUUUUGACAAAAGAAGUUCAAUUUGAGGAUAGGUUGUUCACAUUGCAGAUAUGGGAUACUGCUGGGCAAGAAAGGUUUCAAAGUCUUGGAGUGGCUUUCUAUCGUGGCGCCGACUGUUGUGUUCUUGUGUAUGAUGUGAAUGUCAUGAAAUCAUUUGAUAAUCUUAAUAAUUGGAGAGAAGAGUUUCUGAUUCAGGCUAGUCCUUCUGACCCUGAAAACUUCCCAUUUGUUGUGUUGGGGAACAAGAUAGAUGUUGAUGGUGGCAAUAGUCGGGUGGUUUCAGAGAAGAAAGCCAAGGCAUGGUGUGCUUCUAAGGGAAACAUACCUUACUUUGAGACUUCUGCAAAAGAAGGAUUCAAUGUGGAUGCUGCUUUCCAGUGCAUAGCCAAAAAUGCGCUCAAGAAUGAACCUGAAGAAGAAAUAUAUCUUCCUGACACAAUCGAUGUUGGGGGUGGAGGGCGGCAGCAAAGAUCCACGGGCUGUGAAUGUUAGAAGGAACUUCCAGACCUACAGGAUUUGCAUGUUAGAAGGAAUUUCCGACUCACUCCCUACGUUCUUUCUAUUGGAAAUGCAACUUUCAUUCAUAUGUUUCCAUUCAACAUCCAGUGAUUAUAACAGGGGGACUAAUAACUAGGAAGAGGGCACGCCAAAUUUCAUUUUGUAUCAUAUGCAACUGUGGGAGCACAGUUCCAUUAUUAAUCACUUUGUUUCCUUCUGAAAAUUUUACGUUUAUGUUCAAUUAUGAUUCCUCUGGAUAUAUUGACAUUAUUAUCCUGGGAGAGUGUUGUUUGCUCAUUUAUGAUUAUAUAAUUUGGGAAAUAAAUUUGGUGGAUAAAAAAUUCAAAACCCAGAUGCGCUUUAUGAGUCGACAUUUCAUGCAAUUUAAACCUCUAAUUUGCUGCAGAUAGAUAGAGAGAGAGAGAGAGAGAGAGAGAGAGAUUCGAACAUGAUAUACACUAAUCAUAAUUAUAAAGCUAACGACGAAAUUAGAUCAUGAAGCCAGAAUUUUGCCUAUAUUAAUAUACAACUGAACUCUUUUUUUUUUUUUUUUUAAUAAUUUAAGGAAAAAAAAAAUUCCAAAUACAAAGUCGGCAAAUAUCAACAGAAUAUAUCUGGUGGCCCGUUUAAUCGUCAUUUGCCAUUUCAGCAGCGCAGCUCUUAACAGAAGCCAAAAAAAAAAAUUUAUCCCUAGCUUAAACACUACUGCUCUUGUUUUAGAGGAUUAGGGUUUUUCCAUUUUUGUUUCAUCAACAAUGGAGGCCUCAAAGGAGCAAGAAUCCACUGGAUUACUCCACAAGAUCCUCCCUCCACGCCUCGAAGACGCGGGCCUUGAGGACUGUGCUCUCCCUGAUGAGUCCAUUAAAGAAGCUUUCUUCAAAGCUGCCUCUGCCAUCAAAUCAGGCGCCGCCUCUUUAUUCUCUGACGAUGAAGAAGACGAUUGUGUUCAGGACCCUUGGCCAGAGGCCAAAGGCUUGACUGAUGAGGUCAUCGGUGGGUCACAGGACUCGGCUAUGCUGGACACUUUGGUGGGAGUAGACACGGAGACGGAAGUGCAGGGACCAUGCGUGGCAAAGAAGAGUGGUGGCGUUGUGUGGGAGGGCGGGGAUAAGGUGGUGGUGGGUGGUAGUGAUGUGGAGGAGAAAGAGAGAGAGAAAGGGUGUGUGGAUGAUGGGUUAAAGGGGUUGAAGAUUGGAGACAAGAAGGAAGAAAAUGGCGGUGCUGCUGGUGGAAAUGGUGAUGAGGAACAGGAGGAGAAAGAAGGUGAGAGGCCAAUAUUGACUGAAGGUUUUGUGUGAAACCAUGAUGUGAACUUUCGCUCUUAUUUCUAGUAAGAUUAUGUAUUUUUUUUUUAGUGUUUGUUCUGUUAUCUUGUUUUUAUAUGAGCUAUGGUCUAGUUUUCUCGAGGCAAAUAUCGUGUUGUAACAUUUCUAUUUAAACCAAUGCUAAAUGAAAUUUUUAGUUUCUGAA